AUUUUCUAUUUUUAAUUGUGGUGAUAUAUUUUGAAAGCAUUACUUUUUAUGUCAGUUACUGAAAACUAUUCUACGUACGUUACGGACAGUUAUUUCUUAAGGUGAUUUCUUUUUCCUUUUAAGGAAAAUUUGAUUCGAUGAUAAGAACGUGCCAUUAAUUUCGAAAAAACUUCUUUUUUUGUAUUUUUCUGACUUGAAUUGGGUUUCAAAUCUUUCCAGAGAUCUCUCACAUUUACACUGUUAUUUUUAGUUUUCUUUUUUAGAGAAUAAUGUCACAAACGGAACGAUAGCAGAUUUCAAAUUAGCAAUUUUUCUUGAUUCUCCAGUUGAACAACCUUUUUUCCUCCGUCACCUUACUAGUUUGACAAAACCUCAAAAAAAGAGAAGUUCUUGGAAAAUAAGUUUAGUUUUUAUGGAUUUUACUGACCAACCUCUUACGCAUCUCCGUGUAACAAUUUCGAACUGUUGGCUCAUUUUCUCGGGUUGCUCGCCAAUUUGUUCAGCUUUUGUUUGUCUUAAAAUUAACGAAAGUGCAAACAUUAUUACUUGAAGUUAAAAGCUAGUGUGAUUUGUCACAGGAAUUUGAAGUAGCGGAAAGAGGCUGUUAAAUUUACUGUUUUUGCUUUUGAGAUAUUGCUAUAGCAACAAAUCAUUGAUAUUGAUUGAAAAAGAAAUUCCGGAUGUGAAGAAAUAUGUGAAGAAUUGAUCGAUUUACUAAAAAUAUCUUUUGUUUUUGAUGAAAAACACCAGCAAGUAGUUGACUUUGAAAAAUAUGUUGUCUAAAAAAGUGAACGGAUAUCAAAAGAUCCCGAUGACGGACAUCGGAUCCCCCGUUAAAAUUCUACUCAGCACACCUGAUGAUUCCGAGGGGGAUGAGGAAAUUCUUGAUAAUAUUUCUGAUGUAACCGAAGAGAAUGAGCAUAACUUAACUGUUCAAGAAGGAGGCGUGGUGGGACGAGCCCGAUUUCGGAACCAGAACCGGAGCCGGUCCCAUUCGGCGUCUUCUACAGACAGUUUUGGAUCCACCCACAGCUCAUCAUCCUACUGCGACACUAGCUCCGAUGAAGAGGGUAAAAUGCCCAGAGAUAAACACCAAGUCAAUUCCGCUGGAAGUUCCGACUUCUGCGUCAAGAACAUCAAACAACACAACUUCGGUCGCAGAGAGAUAGAAAUCGCUGAGCAGGAGAUGCCAGGCAUUGUCGCUUUGAGGCAAAGAGCUGAUGGGGAAAAACCUCUAAAAGGAGCCAAGAUAAUAUGCUGUACACAUAUUAAUGCUCAGACAGCCGUACUGAUUGAAACUCUGAUAGUUCUUGGUGCAAGCAUCCGGUGGUGUGCAUGCAACAUUUAUUCCACUCAGAAUGAAGUGGCUGCUGCAAUGGCCGAAGCAGGCGUGCCGGUGUAUGCUUGGCGCGGAGAAUCAGAAGAGGAUUUCUGGUGGUGCAUUGAUAAGUGUAUUCAUUCUGACAACUGGCAACCAAACAUGAUUCUAGAUGAUGGAGGAGAUGCUACGCAUUUAAUGCUGAAAAAAUACCCUGCCAUGUUCCGAGGCAUCAAGGGCAUAGUUGAGGAGAGUGUUACAGGUGUUCACAGAUUGUAUCAACUUUCUAAAGCACAAAAGCUGACUGUACCAGCUAUGAAUGUGAAUGAUUCGGUUACAAAAACAAAAUUCGACAAUCUCUAUAGUUGCCGGGAAAGCAUUUUGGAUGCAUUAAAGCGUUCGACUGAUGUUAUGUUUGGAGGAAAACAUGUUCUUGUAUGCGGUUAUGGUGAGGUAGGGAAAGGUUGUUGUUCCGCCUUAAAAGGCAUGGGUGCAGUUGUGUGCGUCUCUGAGAUUGAUCCUAUCUGCGCUUUGCAGGCUUGUAUGGAUGGCUUCCGAGUUGUUAAAGUUAAUGAAGUAGUGCGCAACAUCGAUAUUCUUGUCACAGCCACUGGAAAUAAAAAUGUUGUGACCAGAGAACACAUGGAUAAAAUGAAAAAUGGUUGUAUUUUGUGCAAUAUGGGCCACUCUAACACUGAAAUUGAUGUGCAAAGUCUGAAAGGAUUGACAUGGGAAAAAGUUCGUUCUCAAGUUGAUCAUAUAAUAUGGCCAGAUGGAAAAAGAAUAAUUCUUUUGGCUGAGGGCCGUCUGGCUAAUUUGAGCUGUUCUACCAUUCCAUCAUUUGUUGUAUCAAUUACUGCUUCUACUCAAGCCUUAGCUCUAAUAGAGCUUUUUAGUGCUCCGGUUGGUAGGUAUAAGGGAGAUGUAUACCUGCUGCCGAAGAAGAUGGAUGAAUAUGUAGCAAGUCUUCAUCUACCAACGUUUGAUGCCCAUUUAACUGAAAUGACUGAUGAACAGGCCCGUUAUAUGGGCUUAAACAAAGCAGGACCUUUCAAACAGGCCUACUAUCGGUAUUAAAGAAACAUAAAGAAACAAGUUCAAAAUAAAAAUUAAGUACACAAGAAGGACAUCUAUAAAGUCCUAUCCAGGAUUUGAUUGAAUUUCUAUCAUUCCAGUAAAUUGUAUUGUGAAGAUAAGAAGUUGAAGUAGCCUUUUUUUAUGGGCAUCAGACAUUCUUAUUUUAGAUUUAUCUGAAGAGUAUUUUUUCAUAACAUUGCAAAUUAAGGUAUUCUUAGUAUUAUUGAAAAACAAAUGAAUUAUGACCCAAAUUCUAUAUAUUAUAUCUUUCUUUUGAUAGUUCAUAUGAAGUUGCUGCUUUUUGUCUUUGCAUUUGCUUUGCUGUUUUUUGUAUAAUGUGUCAUUAGUAUUUAUUUCUAUUUUAUUGAUGUAUGGUUUCUUGUAAUCGCCAUUUACUUUUUAUUUGUUUUACUCAUCUUGGAAAUGAUCAUUCUUUCUUGUGAAAGAAUGUUAUUGUUCUUGGUUCUUUGUUAUCAUUUCAUUUCUAUUUCUCUGUGGGUAUAUAUAUAUAAAAAAAUGGGGAUUGUAUUUUUUUAGAUCUUUUUUUGUAGUGCUUGUUUUUGUGUCAUUGCAAAGAAUAAUUGUAGAUUUAUUUCCACUCUAUUGCAGGAAUUACUGCUUCUUUUGUUAUUAAUAAAAAUUAGAGAAUGAAAAAAACAAAAAGAUUUACCAUAAAUAAUGAGUGGUGACAAAUCAUUAAAGAUCUUAAAUCUUAGAUAUUACAUAACCUAUUAAUGAUAUUAAAUGAUGUGUAGUUGUCUCAAUAUAGUAGUAUAAAAUAAAAUGUAGUUAUUUUCUUCAUGGAGAUAUAUUUUUAAAAAAAUUAUUACAUAUCUCAAGUUUUUAAAGCUGCAUUAUACUGAAAAGAUAUUUCCUUUGUUUUGAGUUUCAUUUAAAAUAAAAAGUAUCAUUUAUAAUUUUCAAAUGCAUCUAAAUUAUGCUAAAAAUUCUGAAAAUAUUUUUGCAUAAUUGAUAUUUUCAUUGUAUUUUUUGAUAACUAAAGCAUUCUGAUAAAAAAAUAAGUAACCAUUAUACAAAAAUUUCACAAUAAAAGCCCAUUGAAAAGGGAUUAGCUAAUUGUACUUAAUUUGUCUUCUGAUUAAAAAAAACAACAAAUUAUUGAUAUGUUUUCCUUCCCUUUAAAAUGGGAUAGCACACUGUAUUUACUUUUAAAGUAAAUGAAAUCAUAAACUGUGCUUUUUUUUUAAUUUAUAAUUUUUACAACUGUAAAAAAUUAUCAUUUGGAUUUUGAAAUCCAUUACAAACUACAUUUGUUGCGUUUUUGUAUUUGCAUUAAUACCAUUCAAAUCCCCAUAUUUUUAAAAUCAUUUAUCAGAUCAUAAUAGCAUAAACAGUAAAUAAAAUGUAUUGAUUUUUAAAUUUGAUUACAGCCCGUCCCCAAAUGAUAAGAACAACUUUUACGUCCUCACAUGAGUUGCUCAGAAGCCAAUGCAAUUGAUUCCAUUUUUUUGAUAUUUUCUAACUCUUAUAAAUUUUACUGGGAAUAGUAUGUACUUUCUAGUUAUUAAAGAAUAUACUUACUGUUUUCUAGGUUUAGUAUGUAUUUGUAAUAAUUAAUAGUUAUUAAUGUAUUGGAAACAUUUGUUUUCGGACUUAAUCAUAUUGGCUUCUGAAUGACUCAUAUAAUUUAUGACACUGUAAUAAAUGAUGGUAUAUUUGGCCUGUGAUUUCUGUAACAAGAUCAGCAGAUCUUUAAGUUUUAACCGAGAAGGUGUCAGAUUUUCACACCUUUCAAUAUGUUUCAUAGAUCUCAUUGUCUUAAUAAAAACAAAUUCUUUAUUAACCCUACAAUGCAUUUUUUUUUCUUUUUAAACUAAAAUCUUGAAUGAGUUUAUGUAAGAAAAACCAUGAAAAAUAGAUUUUUGUUUUAAUCAAAACAAGCUAAAUUCAUUAAAUAAUCAAGAUGAAAUAAAGCUAAAAAUCUAAUGCAAAUGUAGGGUUAAUAUUUUAUAAUAAUAACUCUUUCAUUUUAUGUAUAAUUUUUUACUGACCUAAUUUAUUUUGAAGUUCAACUUACUUUAUUUGAUAAAUUUCAGUUAGUAUUAAUCCAUAAGUCUGUUCAUAAAAUAAGUUGCUUUGUUUUAUUUUAAUGAUUUUUUUUCAACGCUAUCGUGAGAUGAGCUCUCAAUGCAAGCUUCCAAAAGCAUUCCACAUAGUAUUAUUUAAAAGGUGUGCUUAUGCUCCCCCCCCCCCCCAUUCUUCUUUUGUUCUAAACCUACAUGUAAAUAUUACAACUUCAAGUUUGUUAGCUUAUGUAUCUUGUGUAAAUGUAAUAAGAUAUCUUAGAUAGAUGAACCUCAAUAGUGUUUUGGAAAUAUCAAGCAUCGAAACUAAUAUUCUUAGUAAAUGUUUAUUUUUAUAUGUUUUUAAUGAAUAAUAACAUUUAACUUACUUCAUUAAACUCAGAGUUACAUUUCUAAGAAUGACUUAAAAUAGCAAUAAAAGUCGAUGUUAAAGAAUAGAAAUAUUUAUUUUUAAAUUUUUUUAAACACUGCUACUUUUGAUCUCAUGCAAUACUUUAAGAAAUGCAAUUUUUGCACUUAUAUUUAUAAAUUCCUCUUUUUCUUCUUUUUUUAAAAAAAUUCAGAUAAUCUUUUUAGAUUUAUAUUGUGUUUAUUUUUAAAUUACCAUCUAACUUGUUUUCAAGUAUAAAAUUAUAAAAUAAGUGCAUGUACGCCACUAAUUAUCUGAGAUUGUUGUAAAUAAGAAAUCUUUUUGUUUAUGGAUAUACAACAUGAAGGAUAAAAUGUUCUGAAACUGUUAAAUAAUAUUUAUUAUAUGGUCAAACUUUUAUAUCCUUAUUUCACAGUUAUUAUUCUACUAAUCAAUUCCAAAUAUUUUUAAAUUUUGGAAAACGAAUAGAGUGGUACUUAAUGUGGGUUGAAGAAUAGUAUUUAUAAUAUUAUCUUUCUGAAUUUAAUAACUUUUUAUUUUUAUAAAUAUGUGUAUGAAAUAGAAAUUGUGUGACUGAUGAUGUUAGGUAGAGUGUGCUUUAAAAUGAGAAAAAUUGUGAUUAAUGAUAUUGUUCUAUGUCCACAGAAUAAAAUAUUAAGCUAUAAAUAUAGAAACACUAUUUCAUGUGUCUAUUGAAACUAGGAAAUAAUUAAGAAUUAAAGUAAGUAAUUUUGAAUUUGAUAUUUAAUCACAUUUAAAGUAACAUUAUAUUUAGUUAUAAUACUUAAACUGCAGUGAUUAAUUUUUUACUUGAAGAUAUAUUAAAAAAUAAAAAACUUCCCAUGUCUUUGGCAUUUUUAAAAUCCUAUGUAAUGUAUUCAUUCUUUAAAGCAAAACUUAUGUUAAUGUAGGAUUCAUGCAAUAUAUAAUUCUUUAAUAAUGAAAACUUAAAUGAAAUUGCAUCCAGUAAAUCUGAUUUUUCAGAAUUAUUAUGAAAUGACAUUUUCAUAAUUUUCUCAAGGUUUGUUAAAAAUAAUUGAGGGACAAUCAGUGCAUUUCCAAUCCAGCCUAUUUCGAAACUAGGCCGAAUGUCACUUGUAUGAAAAUAAAUUUCAUUUUUAUUAAGCUAUCCUUAAUGUCUAACAAUGAAUAAUACUUAAUAAUAAUUUCUCUUGCGAUGUAAAUUUAUUUAACUGUACAGUUUACUAAAUUUUUUCAAUGAAAUUUAUACUCGGUUAUAAUAUUGCAUAAUAAUUUAGACUUAAGCAAUGUUUUCCCAUCAGCUGCCUACUGAAGCAUUGCAUUUUUAGAUUACCUUUAACUAUUGCUUAUAAUGCAUUUAUUUCUGAAAUUAGAAGAUUAUAUUCAAAUAUAUUUCUUUCAAUCCUUACAAAUUUUUUGAAUAAUGAAUUUGUUGUUUAUUUGCCAGAACUGUGUAGUGUAGUAUGCUUGUGCUUCCUACUGAAGUUAAUCUAGGAGAUUCGACUUUUUGUAGUAACUUGCAGUUUUUAUGACAAACAAAAUCUAGACUUUAGUAGUAUUUUUUAUUAUAAAUGUAAUUUGUUUUUGUGUUAAUGAUAUGUUAGUUAAUGACUACUGAAGUAAUCUUAAUUUAGAAAUAUACUUUACUUUUUGCUCAGCUAUCUGACAGUUUGAAAGGAAACAUUUUUUUUUUAUUGUUCUGUUGUUUUCUUAAAGAAAGUACAUGUGAGGCAUAUGAUUGUUUAGAUGAAAUAUUUCUUCUCUAAUUUGAUUGUUUCCUAUGUAAAAAUAUGUUUGACUCUCAGAAUUUUUGAAGAUAUGAAUGCAUGCAAUUUAAUAUUCCUAAAUAUUAAUGUUUUUUUUUUUUUGUUGUUUACUUUCAGAGAAAAUAUAUAUACUGGGACAAUAUAUUAAAAUAGCAAAUAGAAUUCUCAUUUUUUAACAAAUUUAUUUCAUUUUUAAAAAAAUAUAUAUUAUGAUAUAGGAUUUUGCAAAUAGUUUUUUAAAGAUAACUUUUUUUUUUUUUAAUCAUGCCAAAAUUUUCGUGACAAUUUAUUUUUUAAAAAUUUUAUUGCAUCAUUCUAAAUUAGUUUUGAUUGUUUAAAAUUAUAACUAGCUGCCCAAAUGCAUUAUUACAAAAGUGAAUCUUAUAAAAUAUAAAGGCUACAUUUAAUUCUUUUUGGAACUUUCAUAAGAGCUAAAUUUUUUGGUGCAGAGAUGUAUUGCUAUAAAGAAAACAUUAAAAAAAAUUUAAGACAUUAUAUUCAGUGUGAAUUUCUUUUCAUUCUUUAAACUUAAACUUGGUGACUUGAGCUUCUUAUGACAAAUAUUUCAAAUGCAGAAUCAUAUGCCUCUUUAUAUAGUAGUAUAAAAAUAAGUUCAACAACAAAUCUCAAAGGGCAUUAUGCCUUCUGUGUAUACUUACAUGUUGUGAUAAAAAUUUUGGUAAAUAAAAUGUGUAUAGAAAUA